AGCUUCUUUGGGAGCCUUGAACGCCUCCGCGGCUGCAGAUGCGUCGCGGGGUGUGGUGAAAACUUGGGGAAAACUUCACCACAGGCGCUCAUAAUCUUUGUGCGCUCGUGUUUGGAUCCCAGUGACGGAAGAGUAACAGCCAGGGAAGCGGGAUGGAGUCGUGCAUGACAAAGCCUGAAGCCAAGAAGAAAACCAGACCUACCAAACUGCCUCCGUGGCCUCCUGAGCCACAAAAAAACAAUGCAGAAUCAUCAGACAAGCCUGUCCCCAUUCUGCCUCCACGACCACAGGACAAUGAACCGAGCCAAACCCAAUAUCGUCUAAAAAGAUCAGUGUUUGAUAGCGAGGCCAAACAAAAUGUGACGCAAAGCAAGACGAAGGAGAAAAAUGCAGAACCUCCAGUGCCAGCACCUCGACGAGCUGAACAGGAGAAGAACCAGCCAACGAGACAUAACCGGCACGAAGGCGAAGGCAAGAAGAUUUCCGCGGGAAGCGUCCCAUCGGAAGUGGCUACUGACAUCAAGCAGAUGCGCCCGCCCGUUGUGAUGACCAAGUCACAAAAAAGCCAGAAAAACAAACGGCCGUCAUUCAUCAGUCAUGUGACUAACAUCGAGGCCGGAGGUGACGACGCUGCAGACAAACGGGCCAUCGCUAGCAAACCUAGGGCCCUGAAGGGCGUUAUGAAGCACCUCAAGCCAACACCUAAGGGCGGCGGCGGGGGAGGAGAGGCACUCCCGGAUCCCGACAAGGACGAGGGCGCUUCGGAAAAGGAACGAACCGCCGGCGACAAAAGCAAACGAGAUAAAAGUGGAGAACCCAAACAAGACUUUGGCGGUAGACUUGCCGAAAUGUUCCGGAAACCUGCUGUGGUGACGAUGGGAAAAUCAGACAGUGAUUUGGAGGAGAAUGAAGACGACCAGAAAACGUCAGAACGAUCGAAAGCUGGAAAAAAUUUAAACCGGAAGUUCAAGAAGAAAGCUGCUGAAGCUAAGUCGGACCAGGAGCUGUCGGACAGUGGCGACGAUCUGUCUGCGAAGCCCUCCUCAGAGGAAAAAGGAGGAUUUUUCAGCGGCAUCCUCCGCAAACCUCCCAAGAUUCGUAAAGAGGCGUCACCCGAGCAGGAUUCCGACGAGCUUCCCAGCGACCUUUCCGGCAAUGAGGACAACCAGUUGGACAAAAAGGAGAAAGGUGGUUUGUUUAGCGGAUUACUCAAGAAGACGCCCAAAGCUGGCGCUGAGGAGAACUUGAGCGCGCAAAAAGAGUUGUCAGCGAGCAACGACAGUCUGUCCGAUGUCACGAAAACUAAAGAGAAGGGAAGCGCAUUCAGUGGAAUGUUCAAGAAGUCACCCAAAACAAGCGACGCAUCCAACACAGAAGAAGUGAGCAAACAGCCACAAGACGACGAGCGGUCAGUGGGCAGCGACGGACCUUCGGAGGAAAAUUACAAGGAAAAGGGAGGAAUAUUUGGUGGAUUCUUCAAGAAAGCUGCUAAAGCGCUUCAGCCUGAACAAGAUGAGAACUUGGAUAAGAAGUUGUCAGCCAGCAGUGAGAAUUUAUCUGAGGGAAAAGCGGAGAAAGAGCGAGGGCUGUUUGGUGUUUUCUUGAAGAAGACUCCCAAAGGAGAGCGGGCUGAUUCAUCAGAUGACGAAGAAGACAAGGAGAGGGCGGCCACAACUGCAGCAGCGGUCGGCGACGACGCCACUGAGAAGCACGUGACCAAGGACAAAAACAUUUUCAGCAACAUGUUCAAGAAGCCUACAGAGGGCGACAAGGAUGGGGAAGCAAAAAGUGAAGCAGCGGCAUUCGGGAGUUCGGAGAAUUUGUCCGAAAACGUCCCUAAGGGCAAAAAAGGAGGUCUGGCCGGCAUCUUCAAAAGAUCUUACAGUAACGACAACGAGGUGGAUGAGGAGAAAGGUGGACUCUUCAGCGGCCUGAAGAAAACCACAACGAAAGCAUCUGCAGAUGACGAAGCUACAGGGGACAAGGAGAAGUCCUCGAGUAACGACAAUCUGUCGGAAAAGCCCAAGGAAAAAAGCAUUUUCAGUGGAAUGUUCAAGAAAGCACCGAAAGCAGCAGAUGAGGCCGCAGUUGAUGAGGAGUCCAACAGCGGACAGGACAAGAACUUAUUAUCUGCAAGCAAUGAAAACCUGACCGAAGAAAACGCUCCAAAAGAAAAGACUGGAGGUCUGGCAGGAAUGUUCAAAAAGUCACCCAAACCGGCGCCACGCUCCGUCGUCAACAAGGAUCCUCUCAGUGAUGCCAAGGAUGCAGAAAGUGACAAGGACGACUUGUCAGGUGACGAACUAUCAGGUGAUGCUGUCAUUCUUGAAGCUGCCACUGCAAAAGAGAAAAAGGGAGGCUUCGCCGGAAUGUUCAAGAGGACGCCCAAAACCGCUGACAAACAGGACAAGGACGACGACAAGGAUGACAUGGCGCCACCUAAGGGCGGAGGGCUGAGACGCAGGAAGACCAUCAAAAAGAAAAGACGAAUCGUGUCCUUCAGAAUCAAGACGACUCUUCCCAAAAUGCCAAAGCUAAACGCGCAGGCCCGAGAAAAGAUGCCCCUCAUUGAAGAGAGUGUGGAGAUGCAGGAGAUAACCCCGCCACAGGAGAGCACUGUGGAGAUCCUGCCGGUUGAGAUGGCAGCAUACCCAUCCAGUGGAAACCCCCUGGAAUCAGAGGAGGAAAAUGACGGCCUAUUGGAAUGGUGGAAUAAUGUCGAAGGCUGGGCUGAAUGGAACGAGACAGCCAAUUUUCAAGAAGAUGAGGAGGGAAUGGCAAUGGAGGAGGCAGCCGACCGUGUUUACAUGGCUGCACGACUGUUUGUGCACCUCUUCAACCAGCGGGGGGCGUCCUUGCAACAGUGUAUCCUGGAGCUGCUGGCCAUCGCCGAUGCCGCUGACCAGUUCCACAAGAAGACUGUAUCAGCGGCCGUGGGUGGUGGCGUGGCGAGCGUGGCCGGCAGCCUGACCACCAUCACGGGGCUCAUCCUGGCACCGUUCACCUUCGGCGCCUCCAUCAUUGUCACAGCGGUGGGCAUCGGCGUGGCCACAGCGGGAAGCAUCACCUCGGCCACCGCCAACAUCACUGACACUGUCCAUUCUAACAUGGACCGCAAGAAAGUGGAGAAGAUGAUCCAAGACUAUCAGGAGAGGAUCAAAGAUAUCCGGGACUGCAUGGAUUUUGUGCAGGAGGGUAUAGAUACCCUACAGGAAUGGGACUUUGAGAAAUACUCGCAGAGUGCCGCGAAGAAGGCCCUGAAUCACAACAUCAAGCACGUGGUAAAGGAAGGCGGCCGGGCAGGGAAAGCCCUCAUGAUAAACACUGACAAGCUCAUCAGCACCGUCCAAGUUCUGGGUGCGGGAGCUGGAGCAGCCAAAGCCGCCCAGGCCAUAAGUGUCACCACAGGUGUCAUGUCGGCGCUCUUCCUUGCUCUCGAUGUCUUCUUCCUCGCCAAAGACUCCCACGAGUUGCGCAAAGGUGCCAAGACCAAGUUCGCCUCCAAGAUAAGGGACGUGUGCAAAGAUCUGCAGGAUGGUCUUCUGGAGCUCAACAAGGUCAAGACCCAACUACAGAAAACCAUGGACGGCAUUGAAGUGGAAGAGUAUGAGGAGAUCGAGGAAGUGGAGGUGGAAGUGGAUGACGACCUGGAGUCUGAUCCCAAGAAGCUGGCUGAGCUAGAGCAAGAGCUGGACCUCAUGGAAGAGAAAUUAGACAAGAGGAUUGAGGAUGGCAAAAAUGCAGAAAAGGAAAGCGAAUCCAAGGAGAAGAAGGAAGGGACAAGGAAGAAAGACAAACUGGACAAGGAAACAGAGAACCAGAUCACAGCCUGGAAGGGAAAAAAGGAAAAAGAGGAAACAUCUUCACUUAAAAAAGAGAAGGAGAAACCCAAAGAGAAGGACAAUGUUGGGAAGGAUCCAAAUGAAAGAACAGUAGAAUCCAGAAAGAAGUCAGAAUAUGAGAAAACUACCGAAGACAGAUUGAAAGAAGCACCUACCAAAACACAAGACUCCCUUAGGAUGCCAGAACAUGACCGACGCGACAGAGAAAGUGAAGGGACGGAACUACGUAGAGAUACAGGGGAUUCUAAAAGGAAGCCAGGACAUGAGAGAAGCCACCAAGAAGAAAGAAUGACGACUGGGAAUCCUGAUGGAAGAGCUAAUAUUGGUGAGCGGGCCAAUCAUGAGAGAGGAAGCAAUAGAUACGCCAAAAAUAAAAGCAGCCUGACAGACAAGAUUCGAGCAAAAGACUCGAGGACAGAAACGGGAAGUAGAGAAGAACAAGAUUGGGAGAGGUCAAUGAUGAGGGACUCUCACGAAAGAAGUGACGACUGGAGGGGUUCGCAUCGGAGUCACAAAUCGAGCCGAAGGAACUAUUCAGAUGAUAAGAUAGCCAGCCAGAAGAGUUACCACAGGAGGUCGACGGGAGAGGUGGAAGCAGAAGUGCGUGGCGAGGACAAACGAGUGAGCCGAAUCGAGAGCGCCCGAAAGAAGUUUGAAAGAGAUUUUGAGGACGUGGAGGAGCAUCGAGGGAGCACGGAGCAUCAUAGGAGAGAUAGUGACAGAGUCAAGACAGGAGGCGAUCGGGAGAGGAGAGGAAGUGAUCGGGAAAGGCGAGAAAGUCACAGAGACACGACAAUAAGUGAUCGGGAGAGGAGAGAAAGUGACAGAGAGCGGAAACAUAGUCGUGGAAGUUCUCGCCAUCAUUCCAGCAUCCUCAUGGAUGACGGACUCUACAUUUAGAUUUGUUAUUCUUUGGUCUUUUAGACACUCAUUUGAUAUAGUUUGUCUCAUAUUUGAUGAGUUGUAAAUGCUGCUUCUCUUAUUUUUAGGAUUUAGUCAGAUUCUGGAUAACAGAAUCCACUGUAGUUUGUUGUAAGCUAACAAUUCUUGGGGAAAAGUCAGGUCUACAUUUCUGUCUCAACUUAUAGGAAUUCUUCUAAAGAAGUCCUGAUCCAGACAUUGGUGUUUGAUCCUAAUGCUUUGGCCAAAAACCCCAAACGUACGCAUGUCUUCCUGAGAAAGUUUAUAACCAGAUCUACUAUUUAUCUUCGGUUUCAGGUGUUUUAGCUUAACUCCUAGCCAGAACAAGAUGUUGUGGUCCUAGUUUUUUUUGGGAAAAGUCCAAUGCUAGACUAGGAUCUUGGGGUUUCUGAUUGAAUUCAACUGACUCGAUGUCUUUAGGUCCCAGGUCAAAAGCAAGGCAUUGGUUGUUGUAUUCUGGUCAACUCUUCAGCAAAAUCAAUGUCUUAUUUUUUAACCAGUCCAAGGUUUUGGAGUCUAAGGCCAUAGCAAACUCUUGGCGCUUUGGUCCAAGUGUUUUAGCCAAAUUUGUAAGUUAAAAAUGUUCGUGUAUUUGGGAUUUACAUUAUUAUAAAGAUUAUAUUAAUCCUAUUGUUAUUCAAUUAAACUAUUUUGGCUCGUAACAGAUGAUUACAGCUGACGUUUUUAUGCAAGUCAAUGUACUUUUUACUGGUGAUGGUUUUUAUGUUGAACAAAUAAAUUAUUUUUUUAAUACUGAUAAA